UUAUUUGAGCCAAACUAACGGUAAUUGCCAGAAAGCAAGACCUAAAAUGCUCCAGAGAAAUGACAGCAGUUUCUUUUAUGCAUUUGGAGUUAAGGAGGGAAUUUGAAGAAGAGUACAUGAAGGUGGGAAAAAGCAAGGCAGGGUGGUUACACCUUGAAUGGGUAUUCUGUCAUUUCAAAGGUGUGUUAACCUAGAUGCAUAAGAACAAUGAACAGGGCUUGCUUAAAAACCUUUCACUAAAGAAGUUAUAGGCCUGGAUACCCACCAUGACCUACCCAGUUAGGAAUUUAUGAUUUAUUACAGCACAUACCCCCCUUUUUUUGUCUACACUAUUAAGAGGCUCCUUAUCAACAUCUGCCAGAUUCCUGUUCUGUUGCUUCUGCCUUCUCUCCUUUGUUACGACAUGAUAGCACACCUGUUGUUUAAGGUCAGGCUUUAAAAUAUCAAAGUCAAGAAGUCAGAAAACAUAGAAAAUGAUGAUUCAAUAAAUGGUUUGAGAUAAAUAACUAAUAAUAAUUUUUUAAAAAGAAGUCUGGAAACAGUCACCAUAUGUAUUUUUGGAAGAAUGACAAACUCAUUGUCAAACUUGUUUUUCUGUUCAGCAGAAAAUGAUAUAUAGGUGCUGAUAUAUAGGUCCAUUAUGCAAUGGGCCCAGGUUCCCCCUGAUCUUUGGAGGAAGAGCGAAUCCCUAUCAAGAGGAGUUGUGUAAGUGUCUUAGUCUGUUUGGGCUGGGUGGCUUAUAAAGAACAGAAAUUUAUUUCUCACCGUUCUGGAGGCUGGGAAGUCCAAGAUCAAGGUGCCAGCAUGGUGAGGGCUCUCUUCCUGGUUCAUAGCCAGUGCCUUCUCGCUGUGUAUUCACGUGGUGGAAGAGGUGAAGGAGCACUCUGGAGCCUCUUUUAUAAAAACACUAUUCUAUUCAUGAGGGCUCCACCCUCAUGAUCUAAGCACCUCCCAAAAGGCCCCCCCAACCUGUUACGAUCACAUCAGGCAUUAGGAUUUCAACUUAUGAAUGUGUAGGGGGAGACACAAACAUUCAGACCCUAGCAGUAAGUCCCCAUCAGCUUCCAAAAGGUAGGUCCCAGGGUAUGUGAAAGUUGGAGGGAGUGACUGGAGACAAAGGGGUCGAAUGUAGUUCAUUUUUGCAGGGAAAUGGAAGGAAUCCAUUAAGGUUCCCAAGUUUUCAGAAGUCCAAGAUCAGGCUGCCAUGCUUGCCUAUGGAUAGGAGCUGUGAACAGGAUAGGCACUGUGAGACCCAGAUUUAGAUCUAAUACCACUUGCAAAUGUCAUAUUUAUGCAUUUAGCAAAAUGUCAUGCUAGAAAAUAUCAUAUUUAGCAAAUGUUAUAUUUAGACACUUAGCAAAUGUGAUUAGCAAGUAACCAUGUUCCUCAACAGAGGCCUCAGCUUCCCCAUCUGUAAAAUGGAGAUAAUGAGACCCAUUGUCCUAGACUGUAGAAAGGAUUAAAUGAGAUUUGCAUGUAAACUUCCUGACACUUUAGCAGGCACUUAGUAAAUAGCAUGUUAUUGUUAUCAUUUAAAUUGUACAUAGACCCAUUUUGAGUUUGUUUAGAUGAUUGAACAUAUUAUAAUUUACAUUCUAAUAAUUAACAAAUGUUAUCCUCAGCAGAUGCAGAUCUGUGGAUCCAGAAUAGCAACUGUAGCAGCUGAGAAGUCAUUCUAGGCUCUUGGCCCUGUGUCUUGGCAGCAAUUUGAUCUGAAGAUGACGUCCAGGGUGCUGUGGGGCAGCCUCAGCCUGCUCCGCCUGGUGUGGUGUCUCCUUCCACAGACCGGCUAUGUGCACCCAGAUGAGUUCUUUCAGUCACCAGAGGUCAUGGCAGAGGACAUCCUGGGCAUAGCGGCCGCACGGCCCUGGGAGUUCCACCCCAGCAGCUCCUGCCGCACAGUGGUUUUCCCACUGCUGACUUCCGGCGCUGCCUUCUGGUUGCUCAGGCUCUGGGAAGAGUGGGGACCACAGCCUGGCCCAGUGAGUGGCUAUGUGCUGCUGGUGGGGCCUCGGCUCCUCCUCACUGCCCUUUCCUUUGGCCUGGAUGCGGCUGUAUACUACCUGGCCCCUCUGUGGAGGGCAGAGCGCUGGAACGCCCUGGUCCUGCUGUCUGGUUCCUAUGUCACCCUGGUCUUCUACACAAGGACAUUCUCCAAUGCCAUCGAGGGAUUGCUCUUUGCGUGGCUGCUGGCACUGGUAUCCCCCCAUGUGGCUUGGAGCCCUACAGCCAAGAAGCCUGCUCCGGGCCCAUGGUGGCACGGCUCGCUUCUCGGGGGCAUAGUGGCUGCUGGCUUCUUCAACCGGCCCACCUUUUUGGCCUUUGCUCUGGUCCCCGUCUUCCUCUGGAGCAUUUGUGGAGCCACAAACCCUGGCUUCAAGUCACUGACCAAAGACGCCCUGGGGCUGCUUCCAGGAGCGACUCUAACAGCAGCAGUGUUUGUAGCUGUGGACAGCUGGUAUUUCUCCAGUCCAUCUAGAUCCACUAUUCUUGUCCUUACACCUGCCAACUUCUUGUACUACAACCUGGAUCCUCAAAACCUGGCGAGUCACGGCACACAUUUGCGGCUCACUCACCUGGCAGUGAAUGGCUUCCUGCUCUUCGGGACGCUGCACGCCCAGGCCCUGCAAGCUGCGUGGCAACAGUUGCAAGCCUGCCUCCAGGCCUUUGCACGAAUGGGCUUCCGAAGGGUACUUGAUGCCUGGAGCCUGCUGUCCAGCCCCAGGCCGCACCUCUUGCUCCUCUACUUCACGCCCCUGGCCCUACUGUCUGCCUUUAGCCACCAGGAGGCUCGGUUCCUGAUCCCCCUUCUGGUCCCCCUGGUCCUGCUUUGUAGUCCACAGACCCAACCUAUACCCUGCAAGAGCACCGUGGUCCUCUUCAAUGCCUUGGGUGCCCUCUUCUUCGGCUGUCUGCACCAGGGGGGCCUAGUGCCUGGCCUAGAGCACCUGGAACGUGUGGUUCAUGCACCUGUGCUCCCAAACGUACCUACCCACUACACACUCCUCUUCACCCACACCUACAUGCCCCCUCGGCACCUCCUACACCUCUCAGGCCUGGGGUCACCCGUGGAGGUGGUGGACAUGGGUGGGACUGAGGACCAGGUCCUGUGCCAAGCCCUGAACAACUUCACCAGACAACCAGCUUGCCAGGUGGCUGGUGGGUCAUGGCUCUGCCGCCUUUUUGUGGUGACUCCUGGCACCACCAGGCCUGCCAUGGAGAAGUGCAGCUUCCCCCUCAAGACUGAGAAACUCGUGUUUCCUCACUUGACUCUGGAGGACCCACCAGCCCUGUCCUCCCUGUUGAGUGAAGCCUGGAGGGACCAUCUCAGCCUUCACAUCCUGGAGCUGGGAGAGAAGCCUGACAAUAUGACAGAAAAGCCACUGCCAUAGGUGAAGCCACUCUACAUUAUAUGUGGGUAGCUAGACUGGGACAGAGCCCUGAUUCUCUUCAUUUCCCUUCCAGAAUUCCCAUCACUGCUUCUCCUGUGCACAGCCUUGCUCUACCUUCUGGAUAAUCUGGCACCCUUUUCCCCUCAAAGACCAAAGAUCUGACCAAUCAUGGACCUGAUUCCAAGGUCCCCAAAGAACCUGGCCUGGUGUAACAAAUGGCACCUAAUGU